CACACACACACACACGCGCACACACACACAGGCCGUGAGCGGGAGGCAGCGCGAGCCGCAGAGAGUCAGUUAGUCCGCCCGCCGCCGCCCGGUUUUGUUCCUCCAGCAAAAGAUCCAACGCGUGUUAUGCGGUCAAAUUAUUCCUGCAGGCUGGGCUUGUAACACUUACUGCAGUGCUGCUGCUGCUACUACUACUACAACUACUACUACUACACACGAUCACAGUGAUAAGAUCCCACAAUGGCUCUGCGAUUCCGUGCCGUCUUUCCGUAUACUCUUCCCGGGGUACUGGCACUCCUCGGCUGGUGGUGGUACAUCACAAGGAAGAAAGGGAGAGAAAAUAGCCCUAAGAGACGAAAGCUUGAUGACGAGCAAGAACUGAGCAAUAAAGCUGGAGGUAGCUAUGUGGCUGUGUCGGAUUGUAAGUGUGCUAAUGCAGCUGAUGAGCUAACUAAUGGAAGCGAGCCCAAGGAGGAUGAAGUGGUGGUGCCACAGUUGGUAGUGUCUGGUCUGCAAGCUGAAACACUGCGGCAGUUAGAUGCACCUGGAAAUGCUUUGUGCACAUCACCAAGGUGCCUUGAUACCACUGUGGUUGUGGAAAAUGAUGUCCAAAAUAUGCUUUUGGAAUCAUCCAGUUCACAAGAAUUGCUCUUCAUGUCUAAUGUGCAAGGGCCGUUGCAAACGUCCCCUAAAGUUGAGGUAGAAAGGCAUCUCCAGGAAAUGAUAGCUAAAAUUAGCACUGAAGGGUUGGAAAUUGCUCAGACUUCAGCAGGCACAGCCACUGAGGGUACUUCACCUGUUGCAGAUUUGGAAGCGGAAGAGAAAAAUAGCAAAAUUUUACUAAACUCUGGUUCGGUGCCUACAAAAUGCGAGCUACCAGUCUCUGAUCUACACAGCAUGGAGAGGCCUGAACCUGAGGGUGAAAUUGCAGGCAACACUACAGAGCCACAGUCUUGCUUCAAGGCAACUCUGAAUGCAAGCGCAAGCCCAUUCUUGAUCACUAGUGCUUUCUGUCCAGAGUUGCAGCUGGAAAACCAGCCUGGUAAAGAGACUUUUUUUGGUGAAAACUGCUUGCAUGAUGAUUCGGUUGAAAAACUAGCAAGUCUGGAAAAGAUUGAGGAAGUGGCUGCAGAACUGAUUUCAGGGGUUAUAACAGCAGCGAAAGAGGAACUGCUCUCCUCGCAGAUUAGUCUCUGCAAAGAGAGUGAGCAUGAUGCUGGAUCUGAUGAAACAAAGGAAGGCAAGUUAGGAAAUUCAGAUCUCUGUAUAGCAGGUUUACAGAAGACUGAAGAUGUUGAGGAAGACAACCGAAUAGACGGUAGAAGCAGACAUACCUAUGGAGAGAAUUUGGCAUUUAAAACUGAAACUGCUCUGAAGGAGUUGAGCCAAAAAGAGGCAUUUGGGGAUAUUACAGAUUCAGGGCAUGAAAGUCUUAGCCAGACUUUCACAGAGGAGCUCAACUCUUCCACACUAAGCAGCAAGGCUUCUGAAGAAUUCAAUCCAAAGGCAGAUGAUUCGGGCUGCUUUGCUAGUUAUUCUGAUGGUCAAGCAUGUGAAGGCUUAAAGAACCAGGUGGCUUUGUGCACCCUAGAAAAAGACCAAGAGGGUGUGCUGGAUGAAACUGUGGUUGCCCAAGUGUGUGAAACUAUCUGCAAGGAAACACUCGACUCUAUAAUAGACAUUUCCUCAAAGAAAUCUGGUACCAAAGGCAGCGUCUCUAGUGAUUUGAUUGAAGUUGCCUUCCAGGGUGUGGAUCUGAACUUCACAGAAGAGCUGAAGCCUACUACAAAUGGAGAGUCUUUAGAAGAAGUAAACCUAGGAGCUGAGGAUUCUGGCUGCAGUGCCUGCCCAUCAGAAGAUGGUGCUGGAGGAGAAGAUCUGCUGCAUAGCACAGCUAAGUGUAGACUGGAAAAUCAUCAAGUAGAUGUUUUGACUAAGUCUGUGGCUGAAGAGGGUUCUUGUGUGCUGGAGUCGGCCUAUGCCAAUGGAGCAGGAGCUGAUCGCAAUGGUGGUCGUUUGCCACUUGAAGUGGAAGUUGAUCAUUCUGGAGGUUCUGAUGUAAAUAGUAUGGAUUCAAAUGACAGUGGCUGCACUGCAGGCGGAGCAGAGGGUCAAACCAAGGGUAGUACUGUAUUCAGUGCAACACAAGAUAAAACAGAGCUAGCCAUCUGGGAGAUACAGGUGCCAAAGCAUCUAGUUGGACGGUUAAUUGGCAAACAGGGAAGAUCUGUUAGCUUCCUGAAACAAACCUCUGGUGCCAAGAUUUACAUAUCUACACUGCCUUACACACAAGACUUCCAGAUCUGUCACAUAGAAGGGAAUCAACAGCAGGUGGACAAAGCAAUUAACCUGAUUGGAAAGAAAUUCAAGGAGUUAGACCUCACUAAUCUCUAUGCUCCUCCAGCUCUGACACUACCUUCAUUACCUAUGACUUCGUGGCUCAUGCUUCCAGAUGGGGUGACUGUUGAAGUGAUGGUGGUGAACAUUGUCCAUGCAGGGCACAUGUUUAUACAGCAGCAUACCCACCCCACGUACCACGCAUUGCGUAAUAUGGAUCAACAAAUGUUCCUCUGUUAUUCCCAGCCAGGCAUCCCAGCACUACCAACUUCUACUGAAGUUGGUGUCAUCUGUGCUGCUCCUGCUGUGGACGGGGCCUGGUGGAGGGCUCAAGUUGUUGCUUAUUUAAAAGAAACAAAUGAAGUUGAAAUUCGAUACGUUGACUAUGGUGGCUAUGAGCGAGUUAAAAUGGACGUCCUUAAGCAAAUCAGGUCUGAUUUUGUAACACUACCUUUCCAAAGCACUGAGGUCCUUCUGGACAACAUUGUGCCUGUCCCAGGUGAGGACCAAUUCUCAGAGGAAGCAAAUGCAGCUAUUGACGAACUGACACGUGGUGCAGCUCUGCUUGCACAGGUAACUGGUUAUGACGGCACUGGUCUGCCUUUAAUACACUUGUGGAGUAUGGUUGGAGAGGAGGUCAUGUUUUUAAACCGAAUUCUGGUGGAGAAAGGACAUGCACAGUGGAUUGAAAGCUACUAGUCGACCCGAGAUCCUUUUCUAAACAACUCAUUUUGCACUGCAUUGUAAUUCAUUUGCUGGCUGUGCAGAUGUGUAUAUAAGUCACUGUAUUAAUAUUUUGUAAAAUCACACUGGAGAACAUAAAGGGAACUUUUUUGGAAAAAUCAUGAAUCCAUUAGGUAGAAAUGAUUUGAUGUGCUCGCUCAGUUAAGUCAUGUCUGAUCAAUUUGAUAUUUAAGGAAUUGAAAACCAACGAGUUGUGUCUUUGUACAGAAUAGUUUUUGCUAGAUUAUGAACAGUAUAAAAUUGUGAUCAAUGAACUUUGCUACUUGGUUGUACAGACCUGUAAAAAGUACGAAAAAAACUGACGAACUGAGCUUGUGUGGUGUGUGUUUUUUAAAUUAUAACUUGGAGCUUCUCACAAUCA